AUGGAGCAAACCUACGGUGAGGUGAACCAACUGGGGGGAGUUUUUGUCAAUGGACGUCCUUUGCCAAAUGCAAUAAGAUUACGAAUCGUGGAGUUAGCCCAGCUCGGGAUACGACCCUGUGACAUUAGCAGACAGCUCCGGGUCUCCCAUGGUUGUGUGAGUAAAAUCCUUGCGAGAUACAACGAAACUGGAUCCAUUUUGCCCGGCGCAAUCGGUGGUAGCAAACCCCGAGUUACGACGCCGAAUGUGGUCAAAAACAUACGGGAUUACAAACAAGGAGACCCUGGAAUUUUUGCUUGGGAGAUCCGGGACCGUCUUCUCGCGGAUGGAGUAUGUGACAAAUACAACGUGCCAUCGGUUAGCUCCAUCAGCCGGAUUUUAAGGAACAAGAUUGGUAACCUCUCCCAGCCUAACCAAUAUGAAAAUGGCAAGCAAACCUCUCCGCAAUCCAGUCUUCCUUAUAACCCUAUAUACCCCUAUUCUUACCCCAAUGCAAUGUCUCCUUCCGGGACCAAAAUGAGCAAUACGCCCGGUGUUCCUGUCACGGGUGGGCAUGUAAGCAUUUCCCGUGGUUGGCCUUCCGCGCACACUGUCAGCAAUAUAUUGGGUUUUCGGGCUUUCAUGGAUCCUACAGCUAUUGCUAGCGCUGAAGGGUACGCACCAAAAAUGGAGGACUGGGGAAGCGUCAAUAGAGCAACAUUUCCUUCUGCACAUGGAGUCAAUGGAAUAGACAAAUCAGCUAUUGAUGCAGAUAUUAAAUACCCUCAGCCUUCAUCGACUUUGUCCAGUUAUGUCCCAGCGUGCGCGUACUCUCCCUCCAACCAGUAUGGUGUAUAUAGCGGCCCGGCUGGCAGUUAUGUGAGUCCCGGGCAUCACUGGCAGGCCCAGGGCACGAGCCUUUCUCACCCGAGCGGUGGCGUGACGAUGCACCCGAGUGACAUCCAUUCUUCUAUGGCGUUCAAACAUGCAGUGCGAGAUGGAGACAGAAAGCCCAUCAGUCCCCUAAGCAAGCAGCAGCACGAGGCCCUGAGCAGCAUACACGGACUCAGUCUUCCUACCUCAUCCUCAUAACAGCACACACCAGUAUAGAUUUAAGCGCAUUUCAACAACAUAAACUGUAAGUUCAACCGAUCUUCUGAUGGUGUUGUUCUGAUGGAGCGGUAUACGGUUUCUGUAAUUCUGAAUGAAUGUACACGACCUUGUUAUUUACUGUAACUAGGCUAUAACUCUGUCUCCAGGCAGAGUUAUUUGGUGGUUGGCUGUUUAACCAUUAUGUCAAAUGUUUUUUUUCCUGUGCUAUUUAUAAA